AUGAUUCGCUCAACACAGAUAUCAAGGCUGGACGGCCUCAUGCUUUGCGCCUCCGUCGACGACGAAGCACAGUCCGACGCCGCCGCCCUCAACGAAGUCAAGCAGCAACUCCGCCAAAUCCUCCGCAAACUCACCCGCACCUCCGAAUCCCAAGCCUCCAUCGAGACCUCCUCGGCCCUCUUCACAAUCCACUACCUCAUCGACUCAGACGUCGUCUUCCUCUGCAUCUGCGAGCGCUCCUACCCGCGCAAGCUCGCCUUCACCUACCUCGCCGACCUCGCCCGCGAGUUCACAACCACCUACACCGCGCAGAACAUCCACAACCCGGCCGCGCGACCCUAUGCGUUCAUGGAGUUUGACAACUUCAUUGUAAAGACGCGGACGACGUAUGCGGAUGCCCGCGCGGCGCAGAAUCUGGAUAAGCUGAAUGAUGAGCUACGCGACGUUACCAAGAUUAUGACGAAGAAUAUCGAGGAUCUGCUGUAUCGUGGGGAUAACCUGGAGCGCAUGGGCGAGAUUAGUAGCCGCUUGAGGGAUGAUAGCAAGAAAUAUCGGAGGGCUGCUGUGCGCAUCAACUGGGAGCUGAUGUUGAAGCAGUACGGGCCUUUUGCGGGACUGGGCUUUUUCAUCUUGAUCUUCAUCUACUGGCGGUUCUUCUAA